AAACUGUUUUGCAGACGCUAUUAUCAGAGACUGAAAAUGCAGCUAAAAACAGAGAAGAGGGUGGUGAAACUAGAUUGUGAGAAGGAUAAACCAUUAUAUGCAGCGACAGUAGAAGAAGCCCUUAAUGCUACGGGUUUUGGCAAAUACAACUUUGGGUUGUUGCUUGUGUGCAGCUGGACUUUGCAGGCAAUGGGAAUGGACCUAUUUGGUACAAGCUUCGUAGUAGCUGCAGCGGUAUGCGAUUUGGGUUUGACAAUGCAACAGCGAGCGUUACUGACUGCCACGCCUCUUAUUGGUGUCGUCCUCGGCGCACAGUUAUGGGGCUACGUGUCAGAUACAAAGGGGAGACGGUUGACGUUGGUGCUGUCGAUGUCCGUUGGCUUCGUAUUUGCAGCUCUCAGUAGUUUUGCUCCAAACUGGAAGAUAAUGGCGCUCUUGAAACUGGCGUCCUCUACCUUCACAUCUGCAAGUAAUUCUGGCGCUUACACGCUGCUGGGAGAGAGUUGUUCAGAGCGUUCUCGAGGAAGGUCCAUGUUGCUUUGCACUUGCUCCCUCAUGUGUUCCCAAGCUGUUGUUGCUCUAUUCGCGUAUCCAAUCCUGCCUCUUGAAUUCGUGUAUUGGAUUGAUUUUCUGGGCAUCAACUACCGGCCAUGGCGUCUCCUGGCUCUCGUCAUGUCGAUACCAUGCGCCGCUACCGCUUGCUUGCUACAGCUGUUCCAUGAAAGUCCUAAAUUCUUAGUAUCCAGGGGACAGCAAGAGCAAGCCCUAGAAGUAUUAAAGAAGAUAUACGCGUGCAAUACUGGAAAAAAAGUUGACGAUUUUCCUAUUAAGAAACUGCUAGAUCAAUCAGAGGAGUCCACAAACCAAGAUUCGUUCCUGAAAGUCAUGUGGGAGCAGACCGCUGCUUUGUUCAGACCUCCUCUACUGAAAGUCACGCUCAAACUAUUCUACCUCGUCACAAUUAUUUACAUGACUGGCAGUGGCUUCAUCCUCUGGUUGCCUUACAUCAUGAACAACUUAUUCUCGGUUCUUGAGGCCGGUGGAGGACAGGGCAUGAACUUAUGCACCGUGAUCCGAUACUCCACAGAAGCCGUUGCUUUCGCCGGAAAUAAUACCGUGCAAGAAGUCUGUAACGACACAAUCCAGGAGACUACUCUUCUCUCCGCCAUGUCAUAUGGUGCUUUAGCCAGUUCUAUAAACCUCGUGCUAUCCCUCACGUGUGGCUCAAGAAAGAGAUUGGCCAUGAUAAUGAUAUUGACCGUGUCUGCGGCCGCUGCUGUACUCCUGAACCUGGUUCCUAUUCCUAUUGCUGGAGGAAUAUUCUUCUUCUUCUUCUUACUGUGUGCACUUUCAAUGGGCAUUCUCAGUGUUUACUUUGUAGAGCUGUAUCCCACUUCUCUGAGGGGAAUGGCAUCAUGUCUAUCUGUAAUGUUGGGGAGAUCGAGCGCGUUUAUGGGCGUCAACGCCAUCGGAGCGCUCAUAUCAGCAAACUGCGAAGCCACGUUUUACGCCUGGUCUGUGCUGUUACUAACUGCAGUAGCAUUCUCGUGGUUCCUACCAGAGGAUAAGAAACCGAGGAAAUGAAUAAACUAUUAAAUUAUAAUAAUAUGACAAAAUCUUGAUGUCCAUUAUAUGCCUCAUUCAGAAUAAGGAUGAUGAGAUGUAAAUACUAUAGACUGCUAAUUUAUUUGAAGAAAUUAAGGAUGGCUAAAUAUUGAUAAGAAUUAUGAAUGUUUUUGAAUGAAUGAAGAAAGAAAGGCUGACGAGAGAUUC